AUGGAGAACUUCAUUCUAAGAACGGCCAUCACUGCGGACUGGGAGGGGAAAUUCGCAGAGCGGCCGCAGAGAUCGGGUGCAGCAAGAGGGCAUUCAAAUUCUUCUCCGCCUGUAGCCAUGCCUCGAGGUAGACCCUCGUCGAAGCUUGCGAAGCAAGACAUUCCCUAUGACGCGAUCAGUAAAAUCGUAGCGCAUACCCUUGAUCCCGAGACCGCGCUCGUGACCCUUACCGUUCUCGCCAAAGGCUCCCGCCUAGAUGUUUCCGAAUGGGAUGUCCAGGAGCAUCAACCGACAUUGCUAUGCGACUACUGGGCCAGCUUUCCGGGCAAGACGCGCCAAGAUGUUCUAGGAAUCGGAGAGCUUUACCAUCCCUUUCGUCUGCUACGCCACCGACGUGUUCGGGGCCAAUGGCAAGUACUAGUGCAAUGGCUUGGGUAUACGAGCGAGGGAGAGGAUGUUUCUUGGGAGCCAGUCGUGAAAAUGCGCGCUGAUGCGCCGGACGUGUUGACAGACUACUGCGGGUACGUAAACGAUGAGAGUGUAAAUGCUGCGCUACUCGGGCCCACGGCGCGAGGGGAUGCAAGUGGCGAGGAAGAGGGUCAAUCAAAUGAGCCCAAGCCUCAAGUCACAUCUCCUGCCGCCGCAAGACACUCAGCGAAGAGGAAGAGGGAUAGUCUGGUCGAGCCUUCUGAAAUUACCAGCGACAAACGACGACGCUCCACAAAAGCUUCCCUGCCCAGAUCCUCGACGUCAGCAUCCAAGCGAAGACAAUCGAAAAUCCCCCAAGACGACCCCCAGUCGCUAUCGACCCCCAGAGCAACUGUUUCGAUCCGAAAGCAAUCCAAGAUACCGAACGAUGAUAGCAAGAAAGUCGGUGCAUCUCCUGCACCAUCACAAUCUCUGCCCCGACGGAAGAAUACGCGAGGAGCCUCCAUUGAACCCACAGCAUCUGUCGACGCUGAGCGCCUGAGCCCUGCAGACGUCCCCCGCACAAUGCUGUGGUUCAUGGAUGACUUCACUGUGGGCGAUAUGCAGAAGGUCUGCCGCUUCAUCGACGAGCACUGCACAGGCAAAUUGCGUCUACCUCUGUACAGUGGUGGAGACUGGGAUGGGAAGGCUGCUAGCGGCAGAUGGGAGGAUGUUUUCAUGGUGAGCCCGCUUGGACGGUUGGGUAGGUAUGACGAUGAGGAUGAGAAGGAAGAGUGA